AUGGCUCCAGGAACUCUCACUGAGCUCGCCGGAGAGUCUAAGCUCAACUCUAAAUUCGUCCGUGACGAGGAUGAACGCCCCAAGGUCGCCUACAACGUGUUUAGCGACGAGAUCCCGGUGAUAUCUCUCUCCGGGAUUGACGAUGUCGGUGGGAAAAGGGAAGAGAUCUGUCGUCAGAUCGUCGAGGCUUGCGAGAAUUGGGGCAUUUUCCAGGUGGUUGAUCACGGCGUUGAUACUAGUCUUGUGGCGGAUAUGACUCGUCUUGCUCGCGACUUCUUCGCUUUACCUCCGGAAGAUAAGCUCCGGUUCGACAUGUCCGGUGGUAAGAAAGGAGGUUUCAUCGUCUCUAGUCACCUCCAGGGAGAGGCUGUGCAAGAUUGGAGAGAGAUCGUGACGUACUUCUCGUACCCGGUGAGAAACAGAGACUACUCACGGUGGCCGGAUAAGCCCGAAGGAUGGGUGAAAGUGACGGAGGAGUACAGCGGAAAGCUGAUGGGUUUGGCUUGUAAGCUUCUUGAGGUUUUGUCUGAAGCUAUGGAUCUUGAGAAAGAGGCACUCACUAAUGCUUGUGUCGAUAUGGACCAAAAGAUUGUUGUUAACUAUUACCCGAAAUGCCCUCAGCCUGAUCUAACCCUUGGACUCAAACGCCACACUGACCCUGGAACCAUCACUCUGCUGCUCCAAGACCAAGUUGGUGGGUUACAAGCCACUAGGGACAAUGGCAAGACUUGGAUCACGGUGCAGCCUGUUGAAGGAGCUUUUGUCGUCAAUCUUGGCGAUCACGGCCACUAUUUGAGCAACGGGAGGUUCAAGAACGCGGAUCAUCAGGCGGUGGUGAACUCAAACUCGAGCAGACUUUCCAUAGCUACUUUCCAGAAUCCGGCGCCGGAUGCCACCGUGUAUCCGCUUCAAGUGAGAGAAGGAGAGAAGCCGAUCUUGGAGGAGCCAAUCACUUUUGCGGAGAUGUAUAAGAGAAAGAUGGGGAGAGAUCUUGAGCUGGCUCGCCUCAAGAAGCUUGCCAAAGAAGCAAAUGACCUUAAGGAAACUGCUGCGAAGCCUAUCGAUCAAAUCUUUGCUUAG